CAGUAAAUAAAAUAUAAAAACUUUCCAUAUAAAGUAUUGUUAAAGGUGUCAUGUCUUUGGUCCUUUACUCUUUGCAGCCUGCUAGAUCUGAGAGUGUGUGUCGGUAGCUAUCCUCUCGCCACUUCACUCAUCAGCUCAGCUCUACUCAAACUGAAGUUGCAUGUUUCUAAACAAGCCCAUGGCUGCAGUUUCUCCACCUUUGGUUCCACCUCUCUUAUUUGCUAGAAUAUCAGGGAUCCUAGUGGCAGCUUUGGUCCUCUCGUGGGCUCUUCUUUUCAAGUCUAGCUUCCUUCCUCACUCUUCUUUACCCUCCCAAGAAGACCUCAUCUUUGCAGUCCUCCAUCCUUUGCUCAUGGUGAUUGGCUUCAUUCUCAUAAGCGGGGAAGCUAUAUUGAUACACAGAUGGUUGCCUGGUUCAAGGAAUUUGAAGAAAUCUGUGCAUUUGUGCCUUCAAGGGGUGGCUUUAGGUUGUGGGGUUUUUGGGGUUUGGACAAAGUUCCAUGGACAAGAUGGAAUUGUGGCUAAUUUUUUCAGCCUGCAUUCUUGGAUGGGUUUGAUCUGUGUCAGCUUGUUUGGAGCUCAGUGGUUGGUGGGUUUUCUAAGCUUUUGGCACCGAGGUGAAGUGCGGACGACAAGAGCAAAGGUGUUGCCGUGGCAUAUCUUCCUUGGUCUCUACACUUAUGGCUUAGCAGUGGCAACAGCGGAAACGGGGCUGUUAGAGAAAUUGACAUUCUUGCAAAGCAGGCGGACUGCAUCCAAACACUGUCCGGAGUCCAUGAUUGUUAAUAGUCUAGGUCUGGGGUUGGUUCUCCUCUGUGGCAUUGUCAUAUUGACGGCAGUUUCGCCUAAAUAUCAUGCUCUGCAAACCAAACUUAUGUAUUCCUCAGAUACCAAGUGUUUGUCCUCUUGAUCACAUGAUUAGAGAUCCAAAAGAAAUAAAAAGUCAUUCCUAUACUGUUUCUUAUACUUAUUGUAUAUAAUGUAAAGUGUGGGGAUUUGGAGAGGAAUGAUUUGUGUUUUCUUAAAUGGAAAGUCCUAUCUACAAGAUGAAAGUCCUAAGGGAUUUAAACUCUA